AUGGAGUCAUUGGUCGGAAAAGUAGCGUGCAUUACGGGAGCAUCUCGGGGUAUUGGUCGAGGAAUUGCUCUCGCCCUUGCGAAGGAGGGAUGCAAAUUGGGGAUCUGUAGCAGGAAAGAAGCUGAUAUUGAGCGCUGCAAGAAGGAAUUGGAAAAGUUAGGUGCUGACGUAAUCGCUUGCCCCGUUGAUGUGAGCAAGAAAGAGGAAAUGACGCACUUCAGAGACUUAGUUUUGGAGCGUUUUGGUACCAUCGAUAUCUGGGUCAAUAAUGCGGGAUACAUGCCUAUCAAUCUUUUGGAAAAUGGGAACAUGGAUGAAUGGGACCGCACUGUCGAUGUUAACUGCAAAGGAGUGCUCCACGGAAUCGGCUGCUGUCUGCCGGUGAUGAAGAAGAACAACUCCGGUCAUAUCAUCAACCUUUCUUCAGACGGUGGUCUUCGCCAAUUCAACUAUCUCACCGUUUAUUGCGCAACCAAGUAUUUUGUGGAGGGCUUGUCCAUCGGUCUCCGUCGCGAGGUCAGCGGCUACAACAUCCGCGUCACAAACCUCCAACCCGGAGAUGUAUCGACGGACAUUGGCAUGGACUCAACGGACAAGGAGGCGAUCAAGGGCUAUUAUGGACGCGACGUGACGGAAGAUGUUUCAGAUGACAGUUCGAGCAGCAUGGAGGAAGAAGAUGAGGCUCCGAAUUUCUACUCGCUGAAGGUGAAGAACAUCGCGGACACCGUUGUUUUCAUAUCCUAAGGAACCAUUACCAAGUGCCUUGACUAAACGUGCUAAAACAGCCGACGAACGUGGCGAUCAACGCAGUACUGAUCGAACCGCAGAGAGCGCCUAUCU